AUGGCAAAUAAUAAAAUUAGAUUCGUUAAAGAGCAGUUUUCUGCUGCAGUUGGCAACAGUAGCGUUGUAGUGAAGUUUGUUGCGGCUACGGUGACCGUCGGCUAUUUGCUCACGUUCAUUACAUCGGCCGUUCCGUACAUAACCAUUACACCUGGCUAUGUUAUUCCUCCAAAUUUUCGAUUUUACUCCCUUAUCACCUAUGCCUUCAUAGAAUUUCAUUUUUGGGACGUUUUGAUAGACAUUGCAGUGGUUGUUUUGUGUGGGAAACUUUUAGAACCAUUAUGGGGGGCACUGGACAUGUUGAUUUUCUUUUCUAUUGUAAAUGUGAGUGUUGGGUUGUUAACGUCUUUUUGUUAUUUAUUUGAGUAUUUUAUUACUAAAAAUGCAGACUACUUGUUUGACACUCAUAUAUAUGGACUGGCUGGAUUUAUAGCUGCUUUUUCCGUAGCAGUUAAACAAGUAAUGCCUGAUCAUAUCUUGUUUACGUCACCGUUUGGAAAGUUACGGAAUACCCACAUUCCCUUGUUGUUAUUAGUGACUGCAGUAACUCUACGUUUGAUUGGUCUACUGGACAGUGCAUAUCCAUAUCUAUUCGGUUGGGGAAUCGUCGUUAGCUGGAUUUAUUUAAGAUUUUACCAGAAACAUAGUAAUGGUAACCGUGGAGACAUGGCAGAUAACUUUAGCUUUGGAAGUUUUUUUCCAAGUCAGUUACAGCCUAUAGUGGGUAUAUUAGCCAACACAAUAUUUCUGGGUCUGGUAAAACUGAAGAUAUGUAAGAAACCCCAGAGACGCUAUGAUGUCAGUUCACCUACUACUUUAACUAUCAGUUUGCCUGGUACAGACCCACAAGAUGCUGAGAGAAGGAGGCAAGUGGCAUUAAAAGCAUUGAACGAAAGAUUGAAUAAAUCAGAACAACCAACUCAAUGGCCGUCACUAGAUGAUGAUGGAGAAAAAUCACCCAGCUCCUCAUCAAAUAAAGAUUCCCCAGAAAUACAUCAAACCAAUGUUUCUCCAACUCCCCAGUUAAAAACUCCGGAUUCACAAGAAAUCGUCUAA